CGUCGCGACGCGACAAGCAGGUCCAGUCUACCGAGGUACAGUGCAGUGUCCGCUGCUGGCGGAAUUACCCACCACGACCACCAACAAUUUAACGACGUGUUCAGAAAUUACCUUCAAAGUGCCCACAGACCACCAAUAUGGGUUUGUUAUCGAUUCUACGUAAACUACGUUCCUCGCCCGAACAAGAACUGCGUCUUCUAUUACUAGGUCUUGACAACGCGGGGAAGACCACAAUUUUAAAAACGCUCGCAUCCGAGGAUAUUACUCACAUAACACCGACGGCUGGGUUCAACAUCAAGUCCGUGAUCAGUGAGGGAUUCAAAUUGAAUGUGUGGGACAUCGGUGGUCAACGCAAAAUCCGUCCUUAUUGGAAAAACUACUUUGAAAACACUGACAUUUUGAUCUAUGUCGUUGAUGCGGCAGACAAACGGCGCCUCGAAGAAACUGGGAUAGAAUUGUAUGAACUGCUUAACGAUGAGAAAUUGAAGGAUGUCCCGUUGCUGGUGUAUGCCAACAAGCAGGACCUUCCCAAUGCCUUGUCCGCAGCGGAAUUGGCCACCACGUUGGGCCUACCUACGAUUAAAGAUCGUGCCUGGCAGAUCCAGGCGUGUGUCGCUUCGAAAGCCACCGGUGUUCGCGAAGGGAUGGAAUGGGCGUGCAAUACUAUUAAGAAGAAAUAAGAAGUGACAUUGAUAUUGGAACAUGCUCGGCCAUGUUUGUUUAGCUUCGUUUUAUUUUUGUUUCAUUGCAGUUUAUCGCGCGACCGAUGCAUGCGAAUCGACUACUAUUCGUGAUAAAAGUUAGGCGAUAUUCGUUCCCGUUUAUACAAUACGUCACGACACGGAAAUUUUUAUAGAGUUUUAUACAAUUAUGAGCUUUAUGUAAAUGUGUAAAAUUGUAGAGAAAAUAAAAAAACACUUAGAUAAUCGUUGACCAAAA